CGGCGUUAGACGCCUCGAUGGCCGGUGCGACAGCUGCUCCCCCGGUCCCGCAGCCCGGCGCCUUUCGUCGGCUGAACGUGAAUGUGGGCGUUCUGGGCCACAUCGACAGCGGCAAGACGGCGCUGGCCCGGGCCCUCAGCACCACUGGGUCGACUGCCGCCUUCGACCGGGCUCCGCAGAGCCGCGCUCGGGGCAUUACGCUGGACUUGGGCUUCUCCUGCCUCUGCACCGAUCUGCCCCCGCACUUGGGGCCCGAGCCUGGCCAGCUGCAGCUGACCCUGGUGGAUUGCCCGGGACACGCCUCCCUCAUCCGCACCAUCAUUGGAGGUGCCCAGAUCAUUGACCUGAUGAUGCUUGUGAUAGAUAUUACGAAAGGAAUGCAGACUCAGUCAGCAGAGUGCUUGGUGAUUGGGCAGAUUGCAUGUCAGAAGAUGAUAGUGGUUUUGAACAAAAUAGAUCUUCUCCCGGAGGGUAAACGACAGGCCGCCAUUGAGAAGAUGACCAAGAAAAUGCAGAAGACCUUGGAAAACACUAAGUUCCAUGGAUGUCCUAUAGUUUCUGUUGCAGCAAAGCCUGGUGGACCAGAAGCCCCAGAAACUGUGAUUCCAAUAGGAAUUUCUGAAUUAAUUGAGGUUCUAAAGUCAGAGGCUUACCUCCCAACAAGAGACCCUUCAGGAUCUUUCCUUAUGGCAGUUGAUCACUGCUUCUCCAUUAAGGGGCAAGGCACUGUGAUGACAGGAACGAUUCUUUCAGGCUCCGUUAACAUUGGGGACAGUGUGGAGAUUCCUGCUCUCAAAGUGACAAAGAAAGUCAAGUCCAUGCAGAUGUUUCAUACUCCAGUAACCUGUGCCAUCCAGGGAGACAGGGUAGGAAUUUGUGUAACCCAGUUUGACCCAAAGCUGUUGGAGCGUGGUCUGGUCUGUACACCUGAAUCUCUGCAGACAAUUCAUGCUGCUAUCAUCUCAUUAAAGAAAAUUCCGUAUUUCCGAGGCACUCUUCAGACCAAGGCAAAGUUUCACAUUACAGUUGGCCAUGAAACUGUUAUGGGAAGAGUGAUGUUCUUCAGCCCAGCACCUGAUGACUUCAGCGAAGAGCCCCUGGAGAAUUAUUUUGAUUUUGGAAAGGAGUAUCUUUAUCAAGAGGAAUAUCUUUCCAAAGAAUCAAAGUCUCCAGAGGAGAACAAGGAGAAUGAUCAGAUUGGAGAAAGACAGCUUCCAAAACAACAAUGGGCCUUACUUGAGUUUGAAAAACCAGUUACUUGUCCCAAACUGUGCCUUGUGAUUGGCUCAAAGUUGGAUACUGACAUUCAUGCAAACACUUGCAGGUUGGCAUUUCAUGGGGUGCUUCUUCAAGGAAUGGAAGAUAAAAAUUACACAGACACAUUUCUUCCAAAGCUCAAAGUGUACAAGCUGAAACAUAAACAAGGGCAAGUGGAACGGCUCUGUGAUGACUACAGUGUGAUUGGCCGUUCGCUGUUCAAAAAAGAGACCAACAUUCAAAUUUUUGUGGGGUUGAAGGUCAAGCUAUCUACAGGAGAAGAAGGCAUAAUAGAUGGUGGCUUUGGGCAGAGUGGCAAGUUUAAAAUCCGCAUUCCAGAUGGGGUGAGGCCAGAAACAAAGGCACUUCUGACUGCCAUCUCCAAGAAGAAGCCCAAGGCAGGAAAGGGGGAUGAAAGCAACAAGGUUGACUCAGCCCAGCCUGUUCAUAUCACUCUUCUCUUUAAAAGAUACGUCUUUGAUGCACAGAAGAAAAUGAUUCAGUCUUGAGACACAUUUGAAGAGUUGUUUAAAGGCGGAACCUCAAAAUAGCUAGUAAGGCAAUUUUGUGGACUGAAGACCAUUCUGGUUGGUCUCAACUUGGCCUGCUGACACUCUCUUUUCAUCUCUCUGGUUUUGCUGUUUCUAUAUACUGUGCUGCUGGUCGAUGGCACCUGUUGGAAUUUGUUAUUUGUUUCACAGUGAAUGCAAAUACUUUUGUUUAUAUAUUUGAAUUUUCUCAUCUGUUCUGUUAGUCAGGGAUUCAGACCAAUAUGAAAUUUCAGUACUGUAACUUGAUAGGAACUCAGAAUGCAAACACCAUGCAUGCUGAAACUAAAUUAGGCAUUUAAAUUCUUUUAUGUUUAAUAAUCCAAAUACACUAUUUGUUAGGCAGGGAUUAUUUUGUAAAUGAGUUUUGUAUCUUGAGUACCAUUUAUAGCUGGCUUCAGUGUCAGAACAUCCUCAGGGAUGUACAUAAUUUCAUGGUAUAUGUUGUUAACCUUUGCUGUUUCGAGGUUUUAGAACUGCCUUUGUGUAAUAAUUUUGUGCAAGCUUUCUGAAUCUACUAACUAAUGUUUUCCUCUAAGAAAGCUGCGGAAAUAAGCAACUCAAGAACUACUGUCAAUAAGACCUGUUGAAGGUGAAUGCUAUUCUCCAUCUCAGAAUGCAUCCUAAUUGUUAUCACCAAAGUGUCAAAUUUAUAAGUAUUAAAGAAUAAAUAACUUG